AUGGCCACAUUCAAUCUCAAACUCCACACAGUAGAAAACCCAGCAAAACAAAUUUCCAGCUUCUCAGUCUCACCUCGUCCAGAGGUUGCCUCGUGUCGUUGGACCCACAGAGGUUACCUUUCACUUGUAUUCUUCCUUGUCGACCAGUUGGGUUCCAUCAUCUUCCAACAGGUGGAACAAAAUGUGAGACUUGUUGUGAAUGUCGAAAAAGAAGUACGAAACCUUACCCUCAACCUCGAAGCUAUUCUAGCUGUGCUCGCGGAUGCAGAGAGGAGGCAAGUGAAGGAGGACAGCGUGAGACGCUGGCUCAACAAUCUGAAAGAAGUGUCGUGCGAGAUAGACGAUGUGGUGGACGAGUGGAGCACUGAAAUCCUCAAACAACAAAUCGAGAAACAAGGUGAAAAUGCUGUUGUUGUACCUAAGAAGAAGGUAUGUUUCUCUAUUCACUUCCGAUGUUUUUGUACUGGCCAAGUCACUCAGAUAAUUUCUCGUCGUGACAUUGCUGUGAAGAUAAAGGUGUUGAAUAAGAAAAAGAAAAUUGCAUCUUGCCAUAUCUGUUGUAGGUAUGGGGGGAUAGGCAAAACAACUCUUGCCCAACUAGCCUAUAAUGAUGAAAAAGUAAAGGAUUGUUUUCAUACAAGAAUAUGGGUUUGUGUCUCAGACCCCUUUGUACAAAUCACAGUUGCCAAAGCCAUCCUUGAGGGUCUUAAAGGAAAAGACCCAAAGUCAAAUGAGUUAGAAACUUAUCUUCAACAUAUAUCUAACUCCAUUGAGGGCAAGAAGUUCCUUCUUGUCCUAGAUGAUGUUUGGGACUCAAACCAUAGAAAGUGGGAGCCCUUCUUGACAACAUUACAGUGUGGUGGCUCAGGGAGUAGAAUUUUGGUUACAACACGAAUAGCGCAAGUUGCUAGUACACUGGGAGCAACUAGUGACCGCACAAUCCAUUUGAAGGAGUUGGGUGAAGAAAAUUGUCGGUCAUUGUUCUAUCACAUUGCAUUUUUUGAUGGUGGAAGAAAGGAGUCUAAAAAGUUUGAAGACAUUGGUAAUGAAAUCGUGAAAAAGUGCAAAGGUUUGCCUCUUGCUGCUAGGACUUCGGGUAGUCUAAUGCGGUGUAAGAAAACAGUGCAGCAAUGGGUAGAUGUUUUGAAUAGUAAAAUAUGGGAAUUACAGGAGUUUGAGCAGCAAGUUUUCCAACCGUUGUUACUAAGUUACUAUGAUUUGAAACCACUGUCCAAACGUUGUCUUUUGUAUUGUGCUACAUUUCCUAAAGAUUAUAGGAUUGUGAAAGAUGAGUUGAUUGAGCUGUGGAUGUCACAAGAUUAUCUUGAAGUGAAAGGAGGAAACCAAGAAAAGAAAAUAGUUGGUCAAUGGUGUUUUGAGAAUUUAGUAAUGCAGUCUUUCUUUAAAGAUAUUGAGGAAGAUCUAGAGGGGAAUAUUAGAAGUUGUAAAAUGCAUGACAUUGUGCAUGAUUUUUUGCAAUAUUUGACCAAGGAUGAAUGUUUUAGUAUGGUGGUUAAGGGUGCUAAUGAGAGAAUGGAGUUACCGGGUGAUGAGGUCCGUCAUUUGUCUUUAAUGUUUGCACCCAAGGGUCCAUUUCCUGUUUCUUUUCUCAACUGUAAGAGUUUACGCACUCUCACAACUUUUGAAUCAGAACUUACUAGCUACGCCAAUGAAUUAAUUUCUCAAUCAAAAAGCCUUAGAACUUUGAAUCUGAGUAAAAACUCGAUUCUAGAAGUUCCAAAGGAGAUUGGUGGAUUGAUACAUUUGAGAUAUCUGGAUUUGUCUCAUAACCGUGAAUUGAAGGAAUUGCCUGACAGUUUAUGUGAUUUAUACAAUCUGCAAACCUUGCGACUUGUCAAGUGCUGUGAACUUGUCAAAUUUCCUGAUGAAGAGGCAAUGAGAAAGCUAACUAAGUUAAAGCAUCUUUAUGUCGAGGGUUCCCCUCGUGUCAAAUCAAAAGGGAUACGGAGUUUAACCGGUCUGCAAAAGCUAGAUGUAUUUCAUCUAAAUGGUUAUAAAGGUGUCGACAAAGAAGGGACGUUGAAGUUGCAAGAUUUGAAAAACUUGAACCAACUUGAAGGGAGUCUUUCCAUUGCACACUUGGAGUCUGUGGAAGAUGCAAGUGAGGGUGUAAAGGCAUGUUUGAGUGAGAAACAUCUCCUUCAUCAUCUGAAACUAGAUUUCGCAUGUUUCGAUGGAUGGCAUGUGCCAGAGAGAAAAGGGACGGGACAAAAUGAUAGAGAAAUACUAAAUGCAUUGCAACCACAUGGAGAUUUGGAAUCAUUGAACAUCAUCAGCGGUCUGGCUACUUGUUUCAGUUGUUUGUGUCCCAAUUGGAUCUUGUCUUUACAUAAGUUGACAAGGCUUGAGCUUCAGUACUUCCGUAAUUGUGAGCUGCCUUCGGGUCCAUUUGGGAGAUUGCCGUCACUUGAAUCAUUUGCAGUUGGGGGGAUGGGCAAAGUGAAAAAGGUGGGAGUCGAGUUUUUGGGACUUGACUCCUCCUCCUCGUCUUUUCUCACUUUAUUCCCAAAAUUGAAAAACCUCGAGUUCGCUGAAAUGCCCAGGUGGGAACAGUGGGAAGGAGUGGGAGGGUAUUUUCAGAAUAAUAUUACCAUAAUGCCCUCGCUGUCUCGCUUACGUUUUUAUCGGUGCUCGAAACUUGGUACGCUGCCCGACUUCCUGCACAAGACACCACUACAGAGUGUGACCGUCGAGCAUUCUCCAUUUCUGACGCCCAAAACAAGUGAGGAGUGGGCCAAGAUUUCUCACUCCCCACACAUCCAACGUUGUAAGAUUGACAUGAAGUUUGGUGACAUCUGAUGACAAAGCUCUGCCGAUUUCAGCCACUUCUCUUCUCUUCUAGCAUUGAACUCAACCCCCUGACAGCUAGCCGUCUACAUUCAGCACAUCAAAAUGCAGGGAUUGGGAAGGUCAAGUGACUCAAGUCUCAAAGUUGUAAUAGCUGGACUCCCCAAGACUGAAUGUUUCCACCU